UAUGCGGUUUUCAUGCCAUCGUGCCAUGCUCCGGCAGUCAGUCCGAGCAAGAACUGUCAUUAGAUAACUUUUAUACAUGUGAUUCGCCGUCGCGGUUUCGGUCGGGUGCAAGAUUAUCCAUAAAGUAAAAAUAACGGGAGCGCGCCGCUGAAAUACUCCAUAGUUAAAGUGAAUUUACGAAAAUCUAGUGAAUAGUAAAUCUGUGCAGUGUUGGUUCACAAGAUUGGCAAGAAAAGACCAAUAUCCAACAGGAGAAAAGCAGCCCUAAGUUGAAAAAAAAUUCACGUGAAAACCCAGACUACUCGGAUCGGGCUGGUUUUUUUUGUUCGAGGAAGUCGAAAAAUGUGGAAACUUGUUUGAUUUUCGAAAGUUGCUUGGACAGCUGAAGAAACAAUAUCCAAUUAAAUUAACUACGGAAAUACAUUGGAAUGUGUAUUUAAAGGAUGGUUAUCCUCGAGAGGUUGUCCAGCAUUAAAAGAAUGGGAAAACCCCAGGAUUAAAAUUCCAGUGAAUGUGACUUCGAGGCCGCCUAGUUUCUGAAGCUCUAUCAGACCAGGUCGACUGAAGACGGUCUCGGUUCUGGAGAGAGGUGGUCCAGAACCGGGAUUUUUCCCAAUUGAAAAGCGAGUUUCUGCUAAACCAACCAUAAAGUGUAUCCGUCGUGUAUCAACAUAGGAAUUUGUAAUAUAUUAUUAUUAAAAAUAUUAUUGUUAAUAACUAAACAUGGAAUCAAGGAUUUUAAAAGUAUCGUCUGCGAAAAGCAGCUCGGUUACAUCGCAUUACGUAAACACACGUGGUCCUGUUGGUUACGUGGCGGGAUUUCAAGCCUUUCCUGAAGAAAGAUUCCGCAGUUUACAGUACAGCAUACCGGCAGUCGGUCAUCACUAUGGCAAUGCUUUCGCUCCGGAUGAAGAAGAUGCCAAUGAUGAUCAAAACGAAGAGCAAGAUUUUAGUAAUCGGUUUACCAUUUCCGCCUUUGGCCAUUCAAUCGUUGGCGAUGCUGAUUGCGAAAACUUCGAAGAUGAUGAAGAAGUGGAUGAGGACGUUGAAAUGUCACCAGCCGUAGAGGUUAUUUCGAUAGAUCCGAACUGUGAUUAUGAUUCCGAAGAAGAGGAAGAAGAAGAAGAGGAGAAUGAAGAAGAGUUAGUCAUUCAGCAUAAGAUGACAAAAGGGAAACAGAUGCAUCUUUAUAAUGGAUAUGGAUUUGCGCCCAGUGACCAAACAUCCAAAGCUGUUGGAGAAGAGGUUGGUGCAGGCGACCGCGUGAUACAUCAAGCUAAUGUCCUUCGGGUAAUUGAAAAUUUAGAUAGUGAUGAUAUAGAACCAGAGUUACAGAAUCUACACCGUGAUUCCGAUGAGGAAGGUUCUGAUGGAGGAAGCAGUACCACAAGCGCGACAUUAAGUGCUAGAGAAAGUGAUAAGAUGGAUGGGCGUUUCAGUAGUUCUAGUUCGAGCAGUAGUGCUAGUAGCAAAAGUAGGUGCAGUAACAAAAGCAGAAACAGUGGCAGUAGUAGCAGAAGUAGUACCAACAGUAAUAGUAGUAGCAGUAGCAAUAGUACCAGCUGCAGUAGUAGUCGUGCAACAUCUUCAGCCUCCAGUCAUCCGUCAGAUUAUGUGCAAAGAUCAGACCCGGAACAAGAUUCGGAUGAAGAACAAGUACAAGAACAAGAUAGUUUGACUCGAGUUAUAGAACGUCGAAAAAUGAUGGCCAUCGAACGAAGAAAGCGUACUACGAGCAUAAAUAGAAAAUCCUUUUCAUUACCACAAUCACCGGUUGCCAUUGUUGGACCUAAUUUACAUGAUAUCACAAGUUUGAGCUUCGAAGAUUUGGAUGUAACUGCAAUAGUGAAUGAAUUAAGUCCUCUUAAAGGUAUUCCAGUUCGAGCUAGUGAAUCAGAUGAUCGAUUAGUGCAAGAAUUAGCAGGAAGCAAUUUCGAUUUAGCGUCAUAUAUUACGGAAGAUGACUUUGGAACUACAGAUUCGACUGCUUCGGGACCUAGGGAACAGGAGCGCCAGAAACAUGUUAAAACUUCUCCAGUGAAAAAAACCCCCAAAUCACGCGGAAAGCAGCUCAAGGUGCUUCGUGAGUUAAUGGUAUCUUCGAAUUGUGAAUUCCAAGAUUCAUCGGUUACUAGGAGAAGCUGCACAAACAAAUCUAAGCGAAUAGUAGAACACAGUGAAAGCGAAACAGAAGAAUCGGAUUCUGAAACUGAUAGUCGUACUUGUGUAACGAUUUUCGGAAUAGAACGGACGCUCGGUAAACCAAAGCGCAAAGAUGAUACCAAAUCUGACCCAACUUGGAAUCCAAACGGAAUGAUAAAUCAGCCAAAACCGUUCCCAAAAGUACCAAUUGCUUCUAAAAUUGCUCCCCAGUCGCAAUUACCACAUCAGACAGUAAAAUCUGAAAUACCUGAAAUAAAAACUGACAAAAAUGCAAUGAAAAGUAGCACCAAUAACGUUAAAAAUUCCACCACAAACAACAAGACUAAACUUUUGAGCGCUGGUGCACAAUUAGCACGUAACAAAAUGCUGUCUCUGAUGGCCAAAAGUAAGUUAACUAAUGCUAAUCACAAGCUCAAACAUACAUUGAGCAAUGCUAAUACGGCUGAUAAAAAGAGCAAUGGUAACAGCAGCAGCAAACAGUCUAAGCCCAUCCCCAAAGUUCCAUCUUCCGAUGUUUCAAAAAGAAAGCCUCUUACAUCUUCUACGAGUAAUAUAAAAUUGGACCAUGAUUACUGUUCACCGAAAAAGGGUCUUAAGUCAGGAUCUUUCGUUGGUUCGACGGCUCCAGUGCGCAAAGCUAUUGAAAUUCCGUUCCUACUGCCAACCCUGGAUCAGCUUCGCCAGAAGAAAAAAAUGUCCAAAAACAAAAAACGAUCUACUGAAGCGACGGGACCAGGUGACAAAAAAGAAAAAACGGGUGAUAACUGUGAUAAGAGUCGCCCUAUUCCAAGCGACUCUGCCGCUACCAAAUCUGCUGACACAGAUAACAGCGCGUGUGAAAAAUCAGCUCAAACUUUAAGUCCAGUUGAGAAAAAGGUUUUAGUCAAAGAGGAGCCGAUCUCGCCGGCUGUCGUAAAAGUAGAACGAAUAGUUAACGUAACACCGCCGGUAGUAGCGCAACCACCUCAAACGCAACCGAAGCAAAUUUCUCUGCUAAAAAUAAAUCAAAAUAAAUUGAACGGAGUUCAGACUGCUGUUUCUGUCGUUGCAGUUAGUGAACAACCUGCAGUUAUCCCCAAUAAAACUGAAGAGAGUCUCAAGUCUGAAAUCCAACUGAUCAAUGCAACUAGCACUAGUAGCGGUGAUAAUAUUAAUUUUAAUACUUGUAACAGUAGGAGCCCUGUGGAAUGCCCAGUCAAAGUGAAGAAGAAACUUAACCUACAGGAAUACAAAAAAAGAAGAGAGCACCCGGCAGACGAAUCAGUUCCUUCUCUGUCUGUUGCAGAAAGCACUAGCAGAAGCAGCAUUACGAGUGCUUCGACCACAAUUAGUGAAUCGAUUAGCAACUGUUCAUUGAGUGUUGAAUCAACUGUCAGUACAGAUUCAUCGCAACAAAUCAAAUCAGCGGAAACAAAAAUAACAAACAAAACCACUCCCCUAGAUCCGAUUUCGGCUGCCAAGCUCAAAGCUCUCCGAAUGCAGCAACUAAAAAAAGAAGCAGUCAUCAAGUCGUCUGAAGCGAAGAUUCUUCCGAAAACGGUUCCUGAAAUCGUUCCACUUGCCGAAAUCACCUCAAUCGGUUUCGAUGAGCAUGGCAAUCCUAUCCCCUAUGACAAAAAUGCAGAAAAAACAAUGCUCAAAUUGCACAAAGACUACGAAGAAAUCAUCAUCGUGUCGAUGGGUUGCAACACUGAAGUAACGAUCAAUCCUAAAGAAACAAAUCGAGAUCAGAUGAAAGACAAAAAACCGCCGGUCUCCGAGGAUGAUAAGAUGAACAUUCCCAAAAAUGAACUUUUGUCCGAUAUCAAGGACACAAUAAAACGCUGCCAAUCAUCUGCGCCCGCUAUCAUUUCAAGUAGUUCACUAAUAUCAAGCAUUCAAGAAGUAGUUAUAAAGAAAAAGAGCAACAUUAAUAACAACAACAAGACUGACACUCUAGCAGAGGCUCCUUCGGAGAAACGUCACAUAUCUGGAGGUCAAGCCUGUCAACAGGGAUCUCCCAGUAUUGGUGUUUCUCCACCAAAUGCUUUCUCUCCGGGCAAACCCGAAAAAGCCGGUGGCAGCUAUGAACAUGACUAUGGAGACACCCCAUCAAGUGUUUCUGCUGCUCCUGCCGAACAACCGAAAAUCGAACAGCAUGGCGAAGACAAAAUUAUAAUGCAUUUACGAAAAGAUCGACAACGAAUGAAAGGCGUGUCAAUCGGUGUUCAAACCGCAUCAUCUGAUCGCUUUCCUCCAUUGAAAAAACUGUCACCCCUAAAGCAACGCACCGUUUCUCGAAGCAGUUGCGGUUCGUCCCGUCAGAGUCAACAAAGCCGUCACAGUGUUGAGCGCUCGCGUGAUCGUAAUCGGCGCCAAUAUAGAAGACGUCGCAGCAAAAGCUCUUCUUCUGAACACGAGGAAGCACGUCAUCGCUCUGUCCACUCCUACCGUAGCAGCAGCAGUCGUCGAAGAAGUCGUAGUCGGUGCAGCUCCCGUCGCUCUCGAUCACCACGCCGUCGGAGUCGCAGCAAUUCUUACCAUCGCCAUCAUCGGCCUUCCAGUGUGUCACCAGAACGCCGUCGUCAAAGAAGUCAACGACGGUACUACGACCGGGAUCACGAGAAACGUGUUCCUCGAAGCAGACGCCGUUCUCGAAGCGAUUCUUCCCGCUCAACAAGCCGUAGCAGCUUUUCGUCAUCAAAUUCCCGAUCCAUGUCCCGAUCGAGUCGGUCGAGAUCUCGAUCUCGUUCAUCAUCGCGACCCGAGUCCCGAGGACGGAAUCGUUCGCGUCAGACAGUUGGAAGGCGCCCUGGUGAAUCACCUGAACGAAACAUUGUCUACGUUGGAAGUUUGGAGGCAGCGCUUAAGCGGGAGGACCUCAAACGCAAAUUUACCCAGUACGGAAGGAUUAAGCAAGUUACUAUACACUACAAAGAAUCAGGGGCUAAAUAUGGGUUUGUUACAUUUGAAAGGCCACAGGACGCAUACAAGGCUAUUGAUUCUAGUGGCAACGAUCCGAAACUAAGCGAAUACGAUGUUAGUUUUGGUGGACGUCGCGCUUUCUGUCGCACUGAUUAUGCUGAUUUAGAUGGUGACAUGUCUAUGAAACAUGAACCGGUCCCCUACAUAGCACCAGAUGGCUCGAUGUUGAUGACUCCUCUGCCGGUACAAAGCAGCGCAACUCGCAAAGACGUUGGUGAAACGUUUGAGGAAAUGCUUAAAAAACUGAAAAAGGAAAUUAUAACCAAAAAGCUACGCAAAUCAUGACCACAUGUCGAUCAUCGAUCCAUGGCUAGCAUCGGUUUAUCUGCUUUAAGUACUAUUGUGUGGUCGGUAGAUUGCCAACAUGCAAUAUCUUCCGUGUUUCCAUCGCCUGGAACUCUUUCCUCAGCUUCCAUUUUUGUUUCUAGCUAUUGAUAGUUUUUUUUUUAGUUUAAUGAACGGGUUUUCAUUGUGCUAUUUCUUUGAAAUAUUGAUAGCUAGUUUUACUUUUUUCUUAAAAUACCUAUACCAUUUCAUAUAGCUUGUCAUUACUGUGAUGGUUGCAUCGUGUUUUCUGGUUUGUUUGCUUCUACUACUAGAUUUCAGUUGAAGCUUUAUACUGAUCGCGCGCAAAAUGUGUCAACAUUAUUUUAGAAUACAAAACGGUGCCAUCAGCAACAAAACCAGUGAAAAUUUGAAAGUAACAUUUUAACUGUGUUGGUGGAGAUACUUUACGAUCAUCGCAGAAUUAUUUUUCAAUCAUCGCAAACAGUUUAAAAUUUCUAAAAGAAAUACCGAUAUACCCACUGUUUGGGGUGAAAAGUCUUUAAACCCGAAGGAAGCACCUGAAGAGAUAUUAAGCUAUUAUUAUUAAUACUAUUAUUAAAAUUAAAGUUGAUUUAUGUUUUUCAUAAUAUAUCUAUGAAGUGUGUUGUGCCUCAGGAGAAAGCUGCAGGAACAGAUAAUAAAAGAAAAAUGUAGAACGUUUUAAAAGAAGGUUGACAUUUUUUGCUGAUUUCAGUUGUGAAAAUCAUUAGUUAUCCUGUUAAAUGAAAAGAAGAUAUGAACACAAUAAA